AUGCGGUGCGUCCGCGUCGUUUGCCAAAGGUUCGUUGAGUUUGUGACCUUUUGUAGCGGCGUCGUCCCGCCGUUAGCAUUGCUUGGAUAUCCUCUGCCGGGGAGUGGGUGCCAGAAGACUCACCCAACUGCAUUAUCCCUGAAAGGCGCCAGGGUGGGAGACGCCGACGCUGGGAACGCUGACACUUGGCUGUCGCGGGCCAUUCCGCGCAAUUGGGCGGCUUUCUGUGUAAACCUGCAGGCGCGAGGGGUUGGACUGGUGACGGUGGGCUUGUCGUAUGGUUCUCCCAGCGUCGUUGUUAGACAGGUCCUGGGGUGGGGCUGUGGUGGUAACGAGUUGCGCCUGUAUGGCUUUUGUCGCUCCUCAGUGCUUUGCCGGGUGUGGGGAGUGUCUGUCCCCCUUUCUGCCUUUACGCCGUGUUCCGUGGAUGAUUCCAUUUUUUCGCUUUUGCGCUACCGUAUAUUUCGUGCGUGCGCGUCACGCUCCACCUGA